GCCUGCAACACAUGUUACCUAACGACACUUGCAUGGGAACUCAGUUUCCGAGUUUUGCCAGCCGGGUAAUAAUCGACUGGAGCUCAUCGUCGACCCUCCAGAUUCCGGAGAACGUCGUCCAUUCCUCAGGCAGCAACGAUUCGACGAAGGUUCUUGCCUCAGGUGUCAAUCUUGAGCCGUCCGGAUCGGAUCGGGGCUCAUCGACAGAUCUUCCUGCCGUCGCUGGACUACGACAUGAUAAGUUGCAAGACUACUUCGAUAAAAGCUUAGUUAUCGAGAGAGCUCUGCGUAAGGCCUUCGACGUCUCAAGCGAUGAAGAAGACUCGUCGCCGCCUGAUGCUUAUAUGAGCCUUGCAGAAUUGGUUGGCUUGGACCAAGCGAGAGGUGUUGUAGAAAAGGAUGUCACCAAAGACAAUUCGUGUGUGGAGGAGGGUAUGCUUGACGAGAGGAGCAGAAGUCCAGUGCAGGACUUCUCUGCCGCUCCUGAUCGGUUCUCUCAGCGAAGACAUGAACCGGAAAGCUGCAGCACGAUGCAAGAAGCUGUAAUCAAAGCCGAGAGCAUAGCAAGUGAGAAUUCCGGCAGCUUCGACAUCCAAAAAUUCAAUGUGGAUGAAGACCUCACGGCGGAAAUCUUUGAGGAAAUAAACAAAGCUAAAAGGUAGAGCAUCACGGUGAC